AUGCAAUUCUCAACUUUAUUAGCUACUGCUGUCGCUUUAACUGGUGCUACCGCUGCUGCCAUCCAAAACAGCACCGUCAAAUUCACCAUUGAAUCUCCAAACCAAGAUGUUAACAACAAAGGUUUAUCAUCAAUCCAUGAAGGCGCUGCUAUCAACUACUUCUUUGCUGGUGAAGCUUCAGAAGCUUUCGGUUUCGAUACCAAAACUGGUGUCAUUUCAAAAACUGUUGAAAUUGGUGGUAAUCAAUCAUAUGAAGAAUUCUUUGGAAUUCAACAAGGUGGUAAUUUCCAAAGUUUACAAACUUCUCCAACCCAAGAUAACACCAAAUGGGCUGUUGAUAACGGUUAUUUAACUGGUAACGGUUCAGACUCAUUCUUUGCUGUUAAAGGUACUAAUGAUCCAUACAACUACUCUGAAGAAUCAUACCAAAUUGGUAUUGUUGCUCCACAUGCACCAAACGUUUAUAAGGAAGUCGUUCCAAUCAAAAUUAAAGCUAACUUACAAUAA